GAGAACCCCAUCUCGACUAUCUUCUGCCCAAUUGAACCGCCUUCAUCCAUCCUCUGCCACCCCGAUACACAAACGAGAUGCUCUCGACGCGUGUCCAGUGCGCCCUAGCGCUGCUUUCCCUAGCCUUGGCCAUCAGCAGUGUCUCUGCCGCUCCAUCCGAUGCCAAACUUCGCCAGCUUCUUCAACGGUCACUCAUGGCACCUGCAGGCAAACAGGAGCUUGCCAGGUAUACACUUGCAGAGCUGCUCUCAGAGCUUGCACUAGCAGAGAACGAGGCGAUUGAGUCAGAUGACCUGUCUCGUGGCGUGGAGCAGGAGGAUGUGCGUCUCGAGCUGGAGCGUGCAGCUGGCCCAGUACUGGCGCCGCGUGAACGCAAGGCUGGAUGCAAGAACUUCUUCUGGAAAACCUUUACAUCAUGUUAAUUAAUCUACAACCGGGCCUUUACUGCGUAUACUACAUCGCAUCUCUUUAGUUUCAAUAUAAAAAUGUUAUGUUAUUUUAUGCGCCAUGGCUUAACCCGCCAAUCACAAAAAAUGUAAAUAAAAAUUAUUAUAACUUUAACAACAAUCAUGCUGCUGUCUUUAUCGAUCAUUUUGAUUUUUUCCCGAAAUAACACAUGAACGAAUGUUCUAGAGAUUGUAUGCAAUUCUGCUUUCGACUGUGCUUUAUGUAUUCUGGCAGAUAAACUAUUUUUAAUUGUUUGUUUGAAUAAAAUCUGUGUUUCAGAA